AUGAAAAAUUAUUUAUUUUCUUUAAAAGACUUAUUUUUUUUAGUGAAAUGUAUUUUUAAAUAUUUCCUUAUAAUGUUAAAUGGACUAUAUCUAAUAAAAUUAGUAAAAAGUUCUAUAGAGAGCAUGAACUUUAUAAACGGAAUAACAUGUUUAAUAAUAGGUUUUAUAUUAAAAAUAGUGUUAAUAACAAUAAAUUGUAUAUAUUUUAUGAACAUAUACAAGUUAAAAAUAUUUAAAAGAAAGAGUUUUUUAAAUUUAUUUAAUUUUACUAGAAUAAAUAGGAAUAUUAAUUCGACAACUAUAGAAUCCGAUGACUUUGAAUAUAAAAAAUUGAUUAAAAAAUUCUUUUUUAAGAAAAUUUUUUAUUCAAUAAAAAAAAAACAUAAAGUGAUAGAAUUAUAUAUCCUCAAAAUAUAUAAUAGUGCAUUUAAUUAUUAUUUUUGCAAUAUAAAAGAUACGUUAUAUACAAUAAUAUGGUUUAUUAGCUUAUAUUAUUGGAGGAGAGAUUCAUACGAUACUAUGUGGAAUUUCAAUAGAAUACCUACAUAUAUAUUUAACAUUUUAUUUGUUCUUUUAUCAACAUCUUACGUUGAUUUAAUUAUAAUUAUACUCAGUUAUAACAAAUCUAAAUAUUCCGUGAUGAAAUCGAAAUUGCUAAUAGAUGUAUUUUUUAGUGCUCCAAGUGCUUUUUUUUUUUCUAAACAUUUCUUUUUUUUUGAAAAUCAAACAGAUUUUUAUUUUAUGAUGGGAUUUUUAAGAAACAUCAAAAUAUUUUUAAAUGUAUCAUAUGCUAUAAUAGAACAUAAUUCUAUUCUAACAAAAACAGAAAUUAAGAUUAUUAGAAUUGUUUUAGGAGUUCUAUUAUUAUGUAAUGCAUUUGCCUCAACUAUUUAUACUAUUCAAGCUAUUCAUCCUUAUAAUUUGAAAAAUGGUAAUAUCAAUUAUUUUCUUAAUAGCUAUUUAGAUUAUUUCUAUUUCUCCAUAAUAUCUAUAUCAACAGUGGGAUAUGGAGAUAUUUUUCCAAUUAAUAAAUUAAGUAAAGUAGUAUGUAUUUUUUUUAUAUUUUGGACUUUUAUUUGGGUUCCAAUACAAUUUAAUGAUUUAAUCAUUUCCAUUUUUUCAAAAAAAAAAACUUACGGAAAACCUAGUAUGAACAAUAAAAAAUUUAUUCUAUUAAUAGGGGAUAUUGAACCGCAACAGUUAAAUGUUUUUCUUUUUGAAUCCCUUGCUUAUGGAAACAAAUUAAAAUUUCACUUACUAACUAGUUAUCCUAUAAAUUUUUAUAAGGAUCAAAUAAAACUAGCUGAUUAUUUUUCCAUAUCCUUAUAUAUUCAGAAUUCAGAUUUAAAUGAAAAAGAAAAUAUUAAUUUAUUAUCUACCAUUAAUGCUCAUAAUGCUUAUUAUUUGUUUUUACUUUCUAAUAAGUUUCAUAAUAGUCGUUAUAAUAUAGAUACCAAAUCUUUCACAAGAUUAUUAAUUUUAAAAAAUUUUUUAUUAGGAAAAAAAAAGGUAGUUAUCGAAUUAAGAAACAAUUGUAUGUCAAAUAUUAUUAAAUCAAUUGGCUAUGAAAAUUUUGUUAUUGUCAAUUUAAAAUAUUCUUUAAUUGUUAAAAAUAUAAAAUAUCCCGGAUUUAUAACCUUAAUUUUAAAUUUAUUUACUGCAUAUAAUUAUGAUAUAUAUUCAUAUAAUUUAGACAAGUUAUAUUAUUUUACAUCAUUACAAUAUAAAUAUGAAUUUACUAGAGGAUCUAGAGCCAAAAUUUUUUCAUUUCCUAUUCAUAAAAAUAUGGUUGGAUUAAAAUUUGAUAAAUUAUUUUAUAAAUUAUAUGAAUCACUUGGUAUUAUACUAUUAGGUAUUGAAACUAAUAGCAUUAUUUCAUUUAAAAGAAAACAUAAAACAAAGAGCUUUUAUAUGAAUAAUUUAAUUAAUAUAAUAAGAAAAAAAAAAAAAAAGAAUUUUAAAUUUAUCUAUUUACAUUUAUUGAAAAAGUAUAUUCAACCAUUUAAUUAUAUACAAAAAGAAGAUGAACACAAUAAUAAUGUAUAUAAUAAUAAUAAUAACUAUGUAAAACAUACAAACAAUAAAAAAUCUAUGAAUAAAAAAUGCAGUUUUUCACCAAUAGAAGAUGGUAAUAUAUCAAAGCAAAGUAUGCUCAUUGAUUAUAAUAAUAAUAAUACAAACUAUGAAUAUUCAUAUAAUAGUGAAAAUUCUUCUAAAAAGUAUAAAAAUAUUACUAAUGAUAAUAGUAAUAUUCAUAAUGAUAAUUUUUUUAAAAAAAGCAGUUAUUCUGAAAAUUACAAAAAUUUCGGUAAUAUAUGCAUAAAUAUUAAUAUUGAUAGUUUUGAUAAUAAUUUAAAACGAAGAUAUCCAAAAAAAAGAGAGAAAUUUUCUGAGAAUAUAGAAAGAUUCGAUAAUAAAUUAUGCGAUAGAAAAAAAAACACCCUAUCUAUCAAAUACAAUAGCCAAAAUAAGAAGAAUAAAAACAAUAAGAAGCUAAAAUGCUAUCUAAAUCUUUUGGGGAAAAAUUAUAUUAUGAAAAACAACGAUAAAUGUAUUGUUAUCGCAAAUUCUAGGAAAGUCAUAAAGUAUUUAUCAAAAGCAAAAGAUUUAUUUUGGUUAUUUGAAAUUAAAAGUAAAAAGAAAAAUAAAAUUUCUUAUGAUUUAAAAUCCGUUAUAAAAACCAAACAAUCCUUUAAUAAAUUUUUUACUAAAGAUAUAAAAAAAAAAAUGCCUAGUACAUCUUUAGAGAAUAAAAUAUUAUUUAAAGAAAAUGAAAACAUAAUAGCAAUAAAUUAUCAUGAUUUAUUUAAUAAUUGUAAAAUUUCUAAAAUUUUCUCAAAAAAAAGUUAUGAUUAUAAAAAAAAAUAUAAAAUACUUUUAUAUCAAGAUAUCAAAAAGAAAUAUGAAGUACCAAGUUUGAAACUACAUAAUAAUAACAAUAAUUAUGGAAAUGAUAAUGGUAAUUGUGAUAAUAAUACUACUUAUGAUAAUGAUAUAUUUAGAUGCAGAAAAUAUUCAAAUGUAAUUACUUAUGAAUAUGAUAAUACAGAUAAAAAUGUGAAAGAAAUAAAUCAUUUUUAUAAAGAUUAUAAUUUAGUAAAUAGAAAUAGCAAAAAAAAAAAAAAAAAAAGUUUUAUAACUAAUUUUAAUGAUACUGAACUAUUACAUACAGAUUACACACAGUUAAAUAAAAAUAAAAAAAAUUACUUUAUCUAUAAAAAAAAAUUGAAAAAGAAAACUUAUUUAAAUAAAUAUUUCAAUCUUAAUGAAAUAGAAAAUUUGAAAAAAAGUAGUCAAACAAAAUAUAAUUAUACAUUAAAAAAUGCAAUUGCCUAUUCCUAUAUAGAAGCGUAUGAAAAAUAUUUUCAAGAGAAUAAUAAUAAUAAAUUAUUAUUAAUAAUAAACUGCACAUCAAAUAUAAUACAAUUAAUUAAAAUGAUAAAUAAUAAAUGCAAAUAUAACGUUAUUAUAUUAACUGAUGAAAUACCACAUAUUAAUAUUUUUGAUAUGCAUAAAUAUAAUAUUGUUUUUAUAAAAUUUAAGUAUUUAGAUGACUAUAAUUUAGUAAAUGCAGGACUGAUAAAAGCAGACUAUAUAUUAAUAUUGCCAACUAAAAUAAAUGAUGUAAAUGAAAUAAAUGAAAUAGAUAUGAAUACAAUAAUAUUAACAAGAAAAGUAACGCAACUAUUGAAAAAAAUAAAAAAAACAUAUUAUAUAAACAAUAUAAUUACAGAAUUAAUUAAUCCUGCAAAUGUCAUUUUUCUUGAAGAAAAUAAAAUGAUAAAAUUAAUGGAUAAAAAAUCUCCAUAUUGUGAUUUUUUUCCUUAUGUAAAUUCAUCCAAAUUUUAUUCAAGUAAUAUUAUUUGCGAAACUAUGUUAUAUAAUUUUUUGACUCAUCACAAAAGUUUCUCUAAAUUUUCAGUUUGUAAUGAUACUUUGGAAUGUUUAAUAAAACAUGUAAGUAUUAUAUAUAUAUGUGAUUUGAAUAAAUAUUUUGAUUUCUCUUUUAAAAAAAUUAAAACUUUUCGUGAUAUUUUUUAUUUUUUAUCAAAAAGGCAUAUUACUAUUCUUGGUUUAUAUAGAAGAGGAGAUAAAAAUAUUCCUUUUUAUAUUUAUACAAAGCCAAGUGAAAGUUGUCUAUUAAGAUUUGAUGAUAUAAUUUAUGUUAUGUAA